CCACAAGUACAAUAUGUGGGUGUUCCUAUAGAUGUAAUCUGAUAGCCAAAACUGUUUAUGUGAUGUUAGUGUGGCUAGUAUGAACUUAACUACGUGUAGCUAGCUAGCUGGGAUGGCUACGAGUGAGUUUGGCUUCCAUUGUGAGGUGGUAGGGCCCACCCCUCUGGGCCUGGACAUCACAUGCUCUGUUUGUCUGGACAUACUCCGGAGGCCUCAUCUCAUGGGCUGCUGUGGAAACCAUCUCUGCGAAGCCUGUCUAAAUAAGAUCAAGUCGGGGUCCAAACCGUGCCCUCUUUGCUGUAGUUCUACGUUCAUUUCUUUACUGGAUUUACGUGUUGAGAGACAACUUCUCGAGUUGACCGUAUCUUGUGUUUUCAAAGAGUUUGGGUGUGAGUGGACAGGGGAACUGAGAGGUCUCGAUUGUCACGUGUCGGAUGUCUGUCAGUUUGUGGGUGUGUCUUGUCCGUGGGCGUGUGGGGUGCAGGUGGCUAAGUGUAUGCUGGAAGAGCACAAGUUAUCGCUCUGUCCAAAGAGACCUUGGUACGCCUGCUUUAAAGAUGCUGACUUACGAGGGCUUGCUGAGAAGGUUGACACUUUAACAAAGGAGAAGCAAACUUUGUCUACGGAAGUAUGUGUGAUGAAGGAAAAAUUGGAUCAUGUACAGGACGAAAACGAGACACUAAAGAGCGAAAUGAAUGCUUUAAAAGAAUCACAGACGUCUGAUAUUCAAGGAUUGAGAUCUUUGAUUGAUUCCCUCACCACACAGCUAGAUGAACUAAAGACUACGCUGUCUUCAUCUUCUCAAACCAAACCAUCACCUUUGGAGCAAAAAAUGUGUGCCUCUCCACCUACCGAACCCUCCCUCCUCGUUGCCCCGGCUACCUUCACCGUGACGGAAGUGAGCAGACGAAAGAAACAUAAUGCCGAGUGGUACAGCCCCUACUUUCUUUCACACCCUCGGGGCUACCAGCUGCAACUCCGAGUCGAUUGUGGUGGCAUUAUGGACGGUAAAGGCUCGCACAUUUCACUGUUUGUGUAUAUCGCUAAAGGAGAGAAUGACAAGGGCUUGAAGUGGCCGUUUGAAGGGUCUUUAACUAUUUGUCUUCUCGAUCAAGUCGGCUCCAUUCAUCACGAGAGAUUUGUUAAUUUUCCCAAAGGUCUAAGCACUGAGAUAGCUGGUUGCGUAAAGGACGGUGUACGAGCCAAGCGUGGUCAAGGAUUCUCACAGUAUAUCUCCCUUGACGAUCUAUCUUCGUACAUCAAAGACAAUAGAAUCUCUUUCCAAGUAUCUGUCAGUCUUGUGAAGCAAACUGGACUUAGUCUAUUUGACGGACUCUUCAGAAAGUAGAAAUGUUUCAACACUAAUCUUUAUUGUGUAGUUUUAUCAUUGACUCAUUGCACAUUAAUCGUAGCAAUAAAAUAAUUAUUGUAAAGAAUACAAUGUUGUACAGGUAUGCAUACUUAUUCAAUAUGAGAUUAAUUCAUAGUCCAUGGUUUUUUCUGAAUUUUA